AUGGUAGUAGAGGCAGUAGUAUCUGUGGUGUUACAGAAACUAACUGACAUGCUGAAAGGGCAUUCACAAACCCAAAACAAAGUCAUAGUCUAUGACGUCCAGGAGAUCAUUAAGUCGCUCAACUCAUUGAGAAAGUUGAUGAUUUCCACGAUGAAAAUCAACCAACAACCAGAAGAAUACCUUGAUGCUGUGUACAACAUCGAGGACGGGAUUGAGAAGUUCACGCUCAUUGUUGCUUGUAGGAGGGAUGUAUUUGGUUUCUUAACAAACCAUAUUUUCUUCUUCAACAACUUGAAAUCUUGCUACAAUAUCCACCAGAAGGUAAAGAAAAUCACUACACAACUGAUGUACCUAAGAGACCAUCAACCUCACCUGAGGACUCCUAUAAAAGAAGUUUCAAACGAAGAAAAAGAUGAUAAAGAAACUGUGGGUGAAAAUCAUAGAACUGUGAAAAAUCACACCCCUGCACAGGGUUCUUCUUAUACUUCAGAAACACAAGAAACAAAUCAUGUAGGCUAUAUGGAUGAACUGAGCUUCAGUUACUCAUGCAACGAAGAAGAGAUUCAGAUUGUCGGUGUCAAAGAACGUUUUCAGCAAAGACGGCGAAUUUCAAGCUUUUCCUACAAAGAAGAAGAUUUGGGAAUCUUUGGGCUGAAAGAAGAUGUCGACACUCUGGUCGACCAUCUCACCAACAACAGUACUGAACAUGUUGUCUCUAUUAUUGGUCAAAGGGGUAUAGGCAAAACAACACUUGCUCGCAUAAUCUACAAAAAUAAAGACAUCAAGCGCCAUUUUCAAUUCUGUGCUUGGGUUUCGGUGUUGGAGAAGUACUCCACAAAAGACAUACUGCUAAACUUGUUCAAGGCAACCCAAAGUAUCACGGAUCAACCCAUUAAUAUGGAUGAUGAGAAAGCAGUGAAGUUGAAGCUUUCAUCAUACCUGAAGAAUAAAAGGUACUUGGUUAUCUUUGAUGGCUUAAGUACUUGCAAUAACUUGGAAGUUUUAAAGGAAACCUUACCAGAUGAAAAGAACGGAAGUAAGCUGCUCUUGACUUGUUUACAAACAAUGGAAACUCCACAGAUGAAGAUAGUUUCGCAUCGUAUGAUGCCUCUAACUGAAGACGACAGCUGGAACAUGUUCAGAAAGAAGAUCGGGAAAGAACAAACUUGGGCUCUGGUUCCAGAGAAAUCAAAGCUGGCAAUUCUACAGAGCUGUAAGGGUCUACCCCGGAAUAUUGUCCUACUUGCAGGUUUUUUCUCCAUGAAGGAUCCAAGCAGCUGGUCUCAAGUUUUCUGUUGUGAGCAAAACUCUGUAGACAUAUUGUCUCUUUGCUUUAACGACUUGAGCGACCACUUGAAGGUAUGCCUGCUUUAUUCAGUGCUUUUUCCUAAAGGAUUUGACAUUCAAGUAAGGAGGUUACUACGGCUGUGGCUUGCGGAAGGCUUUGUCAAACAGAAUUCGACCAAAGUGUUUCCAGAAGAUAUCGCCGAAACAUAUUUUGAAGAAUUAGUCAACCGAAACAUGAUUCAAAUAUCAAAAUUGAGGUCUGACAAUAGCCCAAGAAGAUGUCGCGUGGUUGGAGUUCUUCAUGAUUAUUUGUUUCCAAAAGCCCAAGAAACCAAUCUCUUUCACAACUAUCGUAAGUUGGUUAAUUCUGAAAGAGUAGAUUUUCCAAAUGUCCGUAGGAUAGUUGAAUAUGAUAGUCCAGAGAGAGAACAAGGAAACGACAGAAGGGAAAUCAUUGGUAAGGAAAAUGUUGCCUACUCUUCAUCCUCAAAUUAUUUCUCUUCGUUUACAUCAAAUGAGAAUAAAACAGGAAACCAGUAUGUAAUAGAAAUGUCCAGUCCAUCUUCCCCACAGAAAUCACAGCCUAAAAGUUCUUUGUUCAAUCCGUCCCACCUACGAUCUUACACGUCAUUUAACCAUCAGAAAACAGAUUACAUGCAUGCUCAGAGAAUUGGAAAUCUUUUGGGACAUAUCAUCAGCGAAGGCUUUGGGUUAUUACGGGUGCUUGACUUAGAGGGCGUGUAUAAACCCAUCUUGCCAGAAAACCUUGGUAACUUAUGCAAUUUAAGGUACUUAGGUCUGAGAUCGACAUAUUUAGAUACUCUUCCAUCAUCAGUGGGUGAAUUGACACAUUUAGAAACCCUAGAUUUGAAGCAUACAUGCAUAGAUGAGCUGCCAUGUUCCAUUUGGAGACUGAAAAAACUUUACCAUCUCAAUCUUAACGAAAUGUGUCUCAAUAUGCAUCCAAAGUACUCUUCCUUGAGGCUCUGGACAUUAUGGGGAUUGUCUUUGGAUGAGAAAGUUCCCAUAAAGGAUGGUUUAGACAGGUUGAAUGAUCUUAGAGAACUGGGUAUUACAUUCCAGCUAAGCUCUAACCAGGACGACUUAAUGGAAUGGAUCUCCAAGUUAACAGAAUUACGCUCCUUAAGGCUGCGAUCCAAAGAUAGUCUAGGGCGCCCUUCAAAACUGAUGUUUAAAUCAAUGUCAGACCUUGGGCAACUUUCCCAUCUAAACUUGUUGGGGAAUUUAGAAAAGCUACCUGAUUUAAAUGAAUUCCCACCAACCCUGAAGGUUUUGACAUUGUCAAUCUCACUGCUAAAGCAGGAUCCUAUGCAAACUCUCGGUCAACUUCCGUGCCUGACUGUGCUCCGGCUCUUGGGACAGUCCUACAUAGGGAAAGAAAUGGUUUCCCAUAAAGGAGGGUUUAGUAAGCUUAGGGUGUUGAAAAUGUGGAUGCUGAAGGAACUGGAGAGCUGGUUUGUUGAAGAAGGAUCAAUGCAAAGCCUCAAACAUCUAGAUAUCAGGUGUUGUGAUAAAUUACGUAACAUUCCAACCAGAUUGCUGCAACAACAGCAGUUAGAACACCUGGUAUUGACAGGCAUGCCACAUAUAUUCACAACCGAGGUCGAGCGCAUGAAAUCAGAUCACACGUCCAUAACCAUCAACAAUUGGAAAUUUGCGCCUUUACCUUGGGAGCAAGAUGAUUCUACUUUGUUUCCAUACUUCUUUCAUCGUUGUAUCAUUAGUUCUUUUUCUAUCUCAAACAUAAGUUUCCAUACUCCUCUCAUCUUUGUAUCAUUAGUUUUUUUCUGUCUCAAACAUAAGUUAAAUUCUCUUAUAUUCAUUUUUGCUUAUCUGAGACUACAUGACAGAAGAACAAAUCAACUACCAUGA